CGUCCGCCGUUGAGUUGACUUUAGCUCCUCCCAGCAUCUGACGUCAACAAGGUCCUUCCGGCGAAGGGAGCAGGCGAGUCAGCAGAGAGGUUGGCGACGCCAUCACAGCGCUCCUCCGACAAGGCCGCCAUGAGGCAUCGGCUGAGAGAGAGGCCACAGCCAGCGAUGGCGGCCAGCAGCAAUGGCCGCAGGAAGGCGAGGAGGAACCGAGCCGCUCCGGCCGGGGAAGAGCUGUCCCCCGCUCCGACCACCAGUGACUGUGCCGCGCCCUGCUGUGAGAAGACGCCACUGCCGGAGCUGGAAGACUUGCUGGCCGUGGAUGAGGCCUGCGGCUGGUGGGAGGAGGACGCUGAGGUCCCCGAGGACCCCUCACUGGCAGAUCUCCUGCAGCAGCUAGUCGGCUGCGAGGACGUGCGGCCUAGCAACACGUUGGCCGCCUGUUCCACACCCAACAUGGCCGCCAGUACCACCACACCCAAGAUGGCCGCCGCCUUCUCCAGUACCAUCAACAACAUGACCGCCUCCUCGCAUAACACCACCACCACAGCAGACCAGCCCGGCCGCCGCCGCGGAGGCCCCAGCAACCGAAAUGCUUUGGCCGCCCGCCUCAACCGCCUGCGACGGAAGGAGUACGUCAGCGGGCUGGAGGUCCGGGUGGCGCGCCUGGCCGGGGAGAACGCGCGUCUGGAGCGCGAGCGGGAGACGUUGGGCGCGCGGGUGCGCGAGCUGGAAGAGGAGUCUCGCUACCUAAGGGCGGUGCUGGCUAACGACACCUCCCUCUGCCAGCUGCUGGGCCGCUUGACCGGCCUGGGCGGGGUCCGCAUGUCCACGUCGCUCUUCCUCAAGCCUCGCCCACCGCGACCGGCCGACCACGACUACGCGCUGCCCAGGGCCGAGGAGGGGGAGCCGCAGGAAGGAGGAGCGCCCUCUGCUGGAGGAGGAGUCUGCCUGCAUGUGGACCAGGACAAGGUGUCAGUGGAGUUCUGCCCGGCCUGUUCCAGGAGGGCAUCGUCUGCAGCCAAAAUUUUCUUUUUUAGGUGAAUUGUCGGCUUGCUCCGUUGCAGGAGUUACAGAGCAGCGCUUUUCGCCUCGCAACCUGGUAAGGAUCUCAGUCACUACCUAAUGCAGAUCUCGCCUUUAUAUAUAAGGUGGACAGACAGCUGUUCAUCUCCAGUUAUACUCCCAUAUACAAAUACUGAAGAGUCAUUGCAGACAGCUCUGAUUGCAUAUACAUGAUGUUGUAAGCCAGGUUUAAAGCAAUAUGUGAGAAACACCUUCCCCAUUACUUUCCUUAAUGCAGUGUAUUAAUUAGCAUAAUUGCCAAAGAGCUGUCUCGUGUGGAAGUUGCAUUUAUGUCUAAUCUCCCUGCUACCUUACACCAAUGAAAGCUCUUGUCUACUUAACGCACUCUUCUUCUAAAAAGCAUUCUAUAGUUCAAUGCUGGUCUCUUGCUAUGAUAGAAGCGUGUGUGUUAACAUUUGUGCCCCAGUUACGGGGCAUCUGUAAAUCGCAUCACUCAGACCGUGUGAGCAUUCCUUUAGUAAAUUAGUCACGCCACUACUCUGCAGUGGUUACAAGUUAGACCCUUUUUAAAGGGUUACAUGUAGGCUACACUGUGAUAGGAAACAUUGAAAUUGUUUGUAAAGUGAGAUUUCAGAAGGGCUGAUACAUGCGGCUAUGUGUAUGCACUGAUUCACUACAUUUCUGCUGAUCUGAGAAUGGCUACUCGCACCUAUAGCUUAAUUUGAGUACUUGUGCGUAGCUUAGUGAGUUUGCACCUUACUUAUCUGCUCAGGUGUUCACUCUGCUGAUAAGAGAGCUGCCUGUCGGGGCCCGUGAUGCACUAUGCGUAGCCUCCGCUGCAGUUUUGCAGUCGCACAGUGAUUUGUAAUGGCUCGCCAGUAGAAAGGCUUUAAAGUGAAUCAUUAGAAUACAGACCUUUUGAAAUCUCGCUUCUCUCCGAUGAGUAUGUGUAUUUAGCAUCCUUGUUUUUCUUUAUGCUAAAGUGGAUUCACCUGUAUGGGCAGAAGAUCCGGGACCCGCUGCUGACCACAUCCUGCUUUGUAUUAAAAGGUAGUAUGGUUCAUGAGGAGAGCGGAGGUAAUGCCGGGGAUUUUCAUCUUACCCUUUGUGUGCAUAUGUAAAGGUGUUUGAAAUAUGGGUAGUUUGGGGGGGGGGGGGUAUAUGAGGGUAGGUCAAAGUCUUGUUUUGGGAUCCAUUCAAUUUGCCAGUGGCCAGGAUACCGACGCCGAAAUCCCGGCAAAAUAGGACUAUUCCCACUCGUGGGUGUCCACGACACCCACAGAGUGGGAGUAGAUCCUGUGGCGAGCGCAGACAUCUGACAUCACGCCCACUGGUAAAUCAUACGGGUUCUCUUGUUUUCUGUGGGGCUUAAGUAUAAAAGCAGAUUUCAUGCAUAUAGCAAGAAUUGGACACAAACUAUCCGUGAAGUUGUUUAAAAAAAAAAUAAUAAUAAUAAUAUUUCUUAGGUCAAAUAAACAUACAAAAUAAUGCAUAUAUAAUUCCAUACAAAUUGUAGUUUAUAAGGAGAUUUCAAAAGGCAUCUACAUACAUUACAUAAAUAAAUAUAUAAUUAUCAUUUAUGUAUUUUUUUCUUUUCUUCCAGUGGAGGAUUGGGUGUAGCCCGGGGAGUAGAGAAUAGCUCAGUAUGGAGAUAGUGGGCUAAAAUGUUGAUUGGGUUGAGAAGAGAAAGGCAGACAUACGUUUGCCGAAGUACUAAUAGUUGCCGUCAUGUAAUCCAUGCUGUAGGAGCACCAUUGUACAGCUACUUAAGACAGGCUGCUAGAAGUCCCUCCUUUUUGUUUCCUCUGAUCAGUAAGGUGUGAUUUAAUUAGUGUAGUAAGGGUCGUUAUUGUUCUGAAUAUGCUUUACAGAACUGUGCUUUAAGUACAUAAACUGUAACAACCUAAGGCUGGGUACACACCAGACAGGCAUGUCAGUGGACCUGCCGUCAUGCUGACGGUAGGCAGUCCAGUUAUGUAUAUACACUUACCAAUUGGCCACUUGAUAAGUCGGUUCUCGCAUCACAGCUGGGCGGACAUUUAAAUUCAAAUGCCCACUCAGCUAUGACGUCUGCCCCCGCAGCAAGUGAACAGGCAGUCUGCCCGUACACACAGCCAGAUGCACAGCCAAUGCAAUAUGUCUGGGAAUAAUGUUGUUCAGAGACAGAUCAGGAGUACAUACCCACCGACGGGCGUUUGCGGUAUAUCCUCUGUUUGCCGGUAUAUUGCAUAGUGUGUACCCAGCUUAAAGCAAACGCUACUGCUGUAAUUACAAAUAAUUUGUUUGGCAACAGGGCUUCCUUUCAGCUGCGAACAAACGAGAAUUGGCUCCCUGCCAGAAAAUGGUUCAGAAUUUCUUUAGCUGAAAUAUGUUGCCGUCCAUAUGGUUGGCAUUAAGCACAGAUUAGUAUCUUUGUAAAAUAAGUGCAUUAGGAAGAUGCCCAUAUUGGGGUUAGAUGAAAAAUGAAGAUCAUUAGAAAAAAAAAAUUUUUCUAACAUAUUUCUGUAAUCGUUUGCCCCCCACCCCCCUUCCCAAAAGAAAAGCUGCUUUUAAACUUAAACCCUUCACAGCAUGAGAACUUAUGCACAGGAAAAAUGCUUCUCUAGUGCGUGUUAGAAAGUGGAAGCAGAAUUUGGAUUCGAUGUGGGUAGAAGCACUUUUAUUUUAUUUUUUCCUAGAAGUCCUUCAUUUUUUUUUUUUUUUUGUAAACCUUUUGGUUUUCAACCUCAACACUUAAGUAUUCCCAGCAGGCCAGGUUUUGUGGAUUUCUCUGUGAAGCAGGAUAGAUAACCUAAUUCAGUUAGUCAGUAAUUAUAACUCGCCUGUGCAUGAUUAAAUGCAUCCACAAAACUACCUGCUGGGGGUACUUGGCUGGAAUUGAGACUACCUGGUCGAAAAUAAAUGUUUCUGUAUUGUGUGUUCCUUCUCUGGGAUUCUGUGUAAUUGAAACACAACUGAGUUUGUGUAGUUAAUGUCAAUAUGUUACUUUGUGUAUGUAACAAAGAUUAUUAUUUUUGAAUACUUGAAUCUUGUACAUAAUUUGGGAACCAAUGCAGCAAUAUUAUAAAACUACUUUUGUUCCAGAAUGAUUGUUCAGGCUGUUUCCACGUUGCCUGUGGAUUACAGAAUAUCCUAUCUUUAUACUUGCCACUAACGUGCAUGUAGAAUGAGCAGGUCCUGUAAUAAACUGAUUGCUGCAAA